GAAAUACAUGUGUUUUAAAUCACAAAGAUUGAAGAUAAGGCAGCAUAAACCAAUCCUCCUUCACACACACAGACACGCAGUGGCCAUGGGAAGCAUAAAUUUGGAAUCCAACAAGUUAGAAAUGUAUGAAAUUGGUCCAUGUAAAGAUGCUUUCCAAAUUGGCUUCUUAAUUGGACAGAAAUUCUCCAAACAAAUACACAACAGGUUAUCUACAGACCUUAUUCUUCAAAACCAACUACUCCCUUUUGCAUUGCUCCCAGAUUCCCAGCCACUUAUUCAUACUUUAUCUGAAACUAACAAGAAUAAGUUUCCAAAUUAUUGGAAUGAGCUCAAAGGAAUUGCUCAAGGAAGUGGUGUCCCCUUUCUCAAUUUUCUCCAGAUUUUACUACUGAACUUUAGGAAAGAGAUAUUGCCUUUCAUUCCAAAGACAGAAAAUUAUCCCAAGGAGGAAGACAUUAAUGAUGACUGUUCAAGUAUUCUUGUUGUUAGUAACACCAUGGCUGUGGCAGCUCAUAAUGAGGAUGCAAAUGUUGCUCUUGUUGGACACACUUAUUUGGUUAAGGUGGCAUUGUCUAACGGAACAACAUUCACUGCUUACACAUAUGCCGGAGAACUUCCUAGUUGUGCCUUUGGAUUUAAUAAUCAUGGAGUGGCUUUUACUUUGAACUCAGUACCACCAUGUGAGGAAGAGAUAGUAGUUGGUGCAAUUGGCAGAAACUUUGUGUCCAGAGCCCUGCUUGAAGCAAGUAGCAUUGAGGAUGCUCUGGCUAGGAUCUAUUCAUCUGAAGCUUCAGUUGGGCACAGCUAUAAUUUGAUAGACACAAGGUCUCGGAGGAUUUUGAACGUUGAAACUGCAUCAAGAAAUCGAAUUUCAGUUCAUGAAAUUGGAGAAACUCCAUUCUUCCAUGCCAACAUGUAUCUGCAUCUUCAAGUAAAGCAGUAUAUUGAAGUUAAACUCUUGUCUAUAUUUUGGGUAAUGAAGGCACAAGAUGAGAACUCCUUGAGCAGGCAAGCAAGAGCAUCUUCUUUAGCAAAGGAAUCAAAAAGUGAUUUUUUAGCACUUCUUGGUGACAUGAGUAAUGACAAGUAUCCUAUUUACAUGACAGGUCCAUUGCUGUACACACUUUGCACAGCUGUGAUAGAUUUGGAUGAAAAAAUUCUAACAAUUAUAGAAGGCAACCCAAAGGAAAAACAAGAAUCUUAUGUCUUCUCAUUGUCCUAAAAGCAUGCUAUGACAGGAAACUUGGCCUCCUCCGUAGUAAUAGUUUCUUGGAUAGAGGAUUCAAGAAGAAAAUUUUGUUACCAUGUGAACAAUUCCUUCAUAUUAAAGUUAACUUUAAUUUAUAAGUAUCUGGUUUUUGGAGUAACUGAAUAUAGAAAGACCAAGAAAGGAUCGAAUUAAUGAUGUAUACAAUACUUGAAUACUCUAUGAAAAUGUGACAUAGUUGGUUCUCA